CGAUGGAUCGGCUGUGGUGAUGUUCUUCGUGAAGAACCGGAGCUUUGCUCUCGGGAGAUCUCUGGCUCGGCAUCGCCAUCACGACGUGGCUACGGUGGUGGAGAGAAAAAUCCAGGAGGAAAGCUAUGUUUCAUCGCUGAGAAGGUCCGGAAGCGUCAAAGAGGUAUGCGACAGGCACGCCGAGAUCGUGAGAGAUGGCUAUGGACAGAGUGUGGUUCUUGGGGACGUCCUGGUCCAGGCGUAUGGCAAGCACGGGGGCAUCGACAAGGCAAGGGUCGUGUUUGAUGGCCUGGGCAGAAAGAACGCCUUCUCGUGGACUGUCCUGAUAGCCGCGUAUGCCCAGAACGGGCAUCCCAGGCAGGCACUUGGUGCUUUCAAAGCGAUGGACGUGAAGCCGAGCAGAUACACGUACUUGGUGAUCUUGGGCGCGUGCUCGGAGCUCAAAGCUCUCUCUGAUGGCCGGGUGAUCCACUCACAGAUCUUAGCAGCGGCCGCGGAGCUUGGAGACGACGUUUGCCUCCACAACGCAGUCGUCAACAUGUAUGCCAAGUGUGGGAACUUGAACGAUGCUCGAGCUGCGUUUGAUGCUAUUCCGCGGAAGGACGUGGUGUCGUGGAACUCUAUGGUAUCUGCGUACGCUCAGCGUGGUGAGAGCCGCUUGGCUCUGGAACUAUACCACAGAAUGGAGCCGGAAGGGGUGAAGCCGGACGAGUACACCUUCUCGAGCGUUCUCAGUGCCUGUUCCAGCUACGAAGAAGGGAGAGAGAUUCACAAGGCGAUCGUCUCGUCAGGUACUCACUCCAGCAACAAUGCUAUCCAGAAUGCGCUGAUCGACAUGUAUACCAGAUGCCACAGGUUGGUCGAGGCCAAGGAAGUUUUCGAUCGGAUGCAAAGAAAAAACGUGAUCUCUUGGACAGCCAUGAUCUCUGCGUAUACACAGCACGACGAAGGGAGACAAGCCGUGCUUCUGUUCCGGAAGAUGGACUUGGAAGGCGUGGUGCCAAACAACGUCACCUUCGCCACUGUCAUCACGGCGUGCUCCAACGAAGGGAUGCUCGCGCAGGGCAGGGCGAUUCACUCUCGUAUCAGGAAGCCCGACUUCGUCGUCCAAAACACGCUCUUGAACCUCUACGGCAAGUGUGGACGACUCGAGGAAGCCAGGAGCGUGUUCGAGGAGAUGAAGUUCAAGAGCGUGAUAACGUGGACGACGCUGGUAGCAGCGUACGCACAGCAGGGGCACUCCAUGGAAGCUCUGGAGCUGUCCCGGAAGAUGGACUUGGACGGCGUGCUGCCGAACUCGGUGACUUUCGGCUGCAUCCUCGUCGCCUGUAGCUAUGGAGGCCUCCUCGACCAAGGUUGGACCUCUUUCACUUCGAUGCUCCCGGACUACGGCAUAGAACCGGCAGCGGAGCACUACGUCUGCAUGGUGGAUGUGCUGGGACGGGCCGGCCGAGUUUUCGAAGCAGAGGACUUGGUUCACAGCAUUCCAGCCGAACGAGGGCCGCUUGGAUGGCUGGCCUUGCUAGGAGCUUGCAGAAACCAGGCCGAUGCCGAGCGUGGAACUCGAGCAGCUCACCAGGCUUACGAGAGAUACCGGAAGCAGUCGGGCUUGCUCGUGCUCCUGUCUGACGUUUUCGCUCGUUCCGAAGCUGCUGCGCAGUGAAUCGACUCGACCACCUGACUCCCCUCAGCUUCGUCAGCAGCUCGCGAGUCUCCUCGUCGAGAUCCUGCUGCUCACGUUGAUCCUGAGCAGUCCCUUGUACAUUGGGAGGUCCGUGACGCCAUCCCCAUUCGCGAAGCCUCUCAAAGACGAGCAGCAUUUUCAGGAUCGUUGCAUAAGUUGGCUUGUGCCACCUUGAGAGCUUUCAUCGCUCUAGUUUGAUAUCGUGCUGGUUGCUUGCGAUAUCAAACUCUGCAAGCCUCUACAAACAAAUCAGCAACACAAAUGGUGAGAGGACUGGAAGAGGACCUGAGGCGCCUCGAGUAAACUGUUGUAAGCCGCUACGUAAUCAGCGUGACCGUGAUAGUCUCAGCUAUCACCAUUUGGUGAAGUCCGGAAAUCCGAAGAUGGUACUCAACGAGCGCUUUGCUGGUCAAAUGUGUCAUGCCUCUGUGGGACGUGGAAUUCACAGUCGUGGAUCUCAUUGGUAAGGAAGGCAAAUCGAUCUACACAUUUUCUACGUGAACCAGUUUCACGUCGAAACUCUAGAGACGUCGAAAACGGUAACCGUAUAAACCACGUAGAAGCUGUAUCUAAUGCGCAUCUAAGCCGCGGUGAGGCUUGCAGCGUCCACUGUGAAUCCACCGCGAGCAAAGAGCUCCAGAGCCAGCUCCGCGUCGCCAUUCUCGGAGCAUCGCAGCAUCAGCGACGUCCACGACAUGACGCUGUGCCGAGCCAUCCUGCCGAAAGCUUGCCGAGAAUCCACCGGGCUUCCACACGUCCCGGUCCCAUGAAACCCCGUCGGCGAGCGUCGGGCCUUGAGUGGUCUUCUUCCAUUCACCACUCUCGGCUCCGCUAUCCUCCUGGAAGCCGUCACAGCAGCUAGAUAAGUGAGGCAGUCGAGGCUGGCUUGCGCUGGGAGUUGCUUGAACAGCUUGCGCUGGGGGUUGCUUGAACAGCUCCAAGGCCGAGUCUGGCUUGUCGUUCUCUGUGUAGCCGAGUAGCAGCGUGUUGCAAAGUCCAGCGUCGAAGCAAGGCACCCUGCCACACUUGGAGUAAAAAUUCACCAGCGUGCCCGCCAAGUAGAUAUCACCGAGUUUCUUCCCUGCCUGCCCGUGUAAAGCUCUGCCGUUCUCUAGUGAGCUCGCCUUCAACCCCUCUGGAUGCUUCUGUUCAUUCGCAGCUAGGCGAGACCAGGCCUUGAGCGCAGCGACGUAGCUUUAACCAUCGGGUGUGAAGCCACCUGGGAGCAAACACGUCCAGAAUCAGCUAGUGGAGACCGAGCGGCUCACCAGGCUUAAGAGAGCUACCGGAAGCAGUCGGGCUUGCUCGUUGUCUGAUGUUUUCGCUCGUUCCGAGCCGAGGCUGCUGCGCAGUGAAUCUCAACCGAUGACUCCUCUCAGCUUCGUCAGCAGCUCGCGAGUCUCGUCGUCGAGAGGGAUCUUCUUCAGCAUGAGCCGGGCUUCUAUCUCUUCCAGGGGCUUCACCUUGGCACUCACGUAGAUCCUGAGCAGUCCCUUGUACAUCCGGAGGUCCGUGGCGCCUUUGUACCUCAUCACCAUGUCCUCGGCACCCUCGGCAUCGCGAAGCCUCUCAAAGACGGGCAGCAUUUUCAGGAUCACGGCGUACGUUGGCUUCAUCAGCUUGACGAGAAGUGCCACCUUGAGAGCUUUCAUCGCUUGGUCGGGCUGGUUGCUGUCGAGGUAACCGGUGAUGAGCUCGGCGUGAGGCCGGAACAAGUUCCACACACCGUUGGCACGCAAGUCAUCGAUGACGGCCUCGGCCUUGUCCGCCAUUUGGUUCCUCGAGUAGACGCAGAUCAUAGCUGCCGAGAGCUCUACGUACUUGGACUUCGCCAUCUCCAUCUCGUCGGCCACCUUCUCAGCCGAUCGGACCUUGCCUGCUGCUCCAAACGCUUCGAUCGCGUUCAAGUAGCACACCGCUGGUAGCCAGAGACCACCAUCGCUUGGCUUGCAACCGGGGCUUUGAUCGUCAAUUCCUCCUCGUAAGCUCCUGCAUGGUGGAGAGCCACCUCGGCGUCCUCUUCCAGCUCUCUCGGCUUCAAGCUCUCCAAGCUGGACUUCUCUCGCAGCAGUGCCGCGAAGGCUGCCAGGUCUGGCUCGAGCUUUGCCGCUUUGAUUCGUUUGUACAGACUCGCUGCUUUGUCGUAGAGAGCGACUCUAAAGUA